GAAAACUCCGUCCUGGCGUACCUGUAGGCCGUAACCAUCAUGCAACCUUGGGUAGCCAUCUCAGGCCUCCUGCUACUUCUGACGGAUGCUGUAGUUUCUUACACUCAAGUGACUGGCGUGGUGGGUCACUCCAUCACGCUGCCCGGCACCUACUCAACAGCCCCUGGAGUCACUACCAUGUGCUGGGGUCGAGGGGCAUGUCCCAUGUCCCGUUGCUCCGAUGAAGUGGUCUGGACUAAUGGAUCCCAUGUCACUGUUCGGAAGCACCCAUGUUAUAAGCUAAAGGGAAACAUUUUAAGAGGGAACGUAUCUUUGACCAUAGAGAAUGUGGCCCAGACUGACCGUGGUCUCUACUGUUGCCGUGUUGAGCACGAGGGGUGGUUCAAUGAUAUGAAACGCACCCUGUCACUGGAGAUAAAGCCAGCUGAGGUCACCAGUGUUCCGUCGUCACCUAGGGUCUUUACCUCUACUUCUGCAACGCCAGCACCCACGCAGAACCUCAAGCCAGAAACUACUUCAUCCUCUGCCCUGCAGACAGCAGGAACCCAGCCUCCUGGACCACGGGAAAGGAGCACAAGACAGCCCACCGAUUCACCAUUGUACUCCUGCCCCACCGAUGGGAAUGGCACUGUGACACAGUCUUCAGAUGGCCUUUGGCAUAGCAAUCAAACUCAUGUGUCGCUGGCACAGAAUCCGUGGACCACCACCAGUAAGGGACUGUACAUCGGCAUUUGCGUUACUGCUGCGGUAUUGUUCACCGUGCUGGUCAUCGUGAUUACCAAAAAAUAUUUCUGCGUAAGAAACAAGCUGGAACAACUAAACAUGGUUUGCAUGAACGACCCUCGGACUGGAGCUUUGCAAAGUGCAGCCAAAGUGGGCAUCCGAGCAGAAGACAAUAUCUACAUUAUUGAGGACAAUGUUUUCGUCAUGGAUUAAGACCCAGUGGCCCUCUAAGGAUUUAUGUCCUUAACUGUGGGAGACAAUGACAAGAUACCACCAAGUCAGAGUUCUUGUAAGCCCUAGAAUGAUUUUUCUGUUAAUUUCCAAUGAUAGUCCAACAUGUCAGUUAUAUUGGGUAGAGUGCCUGGUUCAUCUGUGUAUAGUCACCCUCAUUGGCCAUAGAGUCCUAAUUUUUUAUGCUAAAACUUAAUUCACUGUUUCUCCCAAAUGUGAACACUUUAUAAUUACAUAUUCUCUUUGGAUCAUAUGAACCUUAUCUCCAUCAAGAAUGCUCACCAGUGAGGGAAGAGCUACCACUUUGGUCACCAAAGCUGUCAAGAAAAGCAGACUAGCAGUUAAAAUCAGAAGAUCUG